AACCAACCUCCGGAUCUAGCUCUUAUCCGUUUCUUGUGGGAAAGAUUUGGUUUCCAUGAGCUGUUCCAUCCCAUAAUGCGUGCCUUGUUCAAUUGAAGUUGGAAUCUAUCGCUUUUCCCACCCCCCGCAUCCCCCAUACCAACCUCCAUAGGCAGAAUACAGCCAUGUCGCAGCCCCCGCGACAUGCUUCGAUGCUGUCCGUCAGCAAUACAGGGCAAGGCCCUGUCCCUCCCAAUGAGAAGCCCCUGCCUCCACCCCAGAUACAAACAGCAUCCCAGCCAACCCCUGGGCUGCGUGUCCCAUCAAACCGCAAGACCAUCUACGAUAGACACCUAAACCGGAGCCGGAACUCGGAACUCAGUCGAGCGAGUUUCGCGUUUCUAUUCGGAGAGAUGGUUACGUAUGCUCAAAGGAGGGUAACGGGCAUUCAAGAUCUAGAGAGACGGCUGAACGAACAAGGCUAUCCUCUGGGCCUCCGCCUUCUCGAUCUCCUCUUCUACCGAACAAUGUCUACCUCCUCUUCAUCAGCCCUAUCCAGCUCCUCAACUUCCGCUUCUCCUCCUAAUAGACCCCUUCGAAUCCUUCCCCUGUUGCAUCUUAUCCAUGGCCCCCUCUGGCGACUCCUUUUCAAUCGUCCCGCCGAUGCUAUUGAACACUCCGUCUCUCCCGAUACACCGAACGAAUAUAUGAUCACAGAUAAUGACCCUCUCGUCAACACAUAUAUUAGCGUCCCCAAAGAAAUGAGUAUGCUCAACUGUGCCGCCUUUGUAGCAGGCAUCAUCGAGGGCGUAUGCGAUGGAUGCGGCUUUGAGGCCAAAGUUACAGCUCAUAACCAGUCAACUGAGAUGUGGCCUGCACGCACAAUCUUCCUUCUACGAUUUGGAGAAAGCGUUAUGGAGAGAGAAAAGGUACUAGAGCGGGCUGGAGUCAAAUAAAUAAGGGAGGACUUUUACUUAAUUUGGAAGAUGAUGUCAGUUGCCAAUGACUUCAAUACCUUGGCUUAUAAAAAGAAUCAUGACACAAACUUCUGAAAUCGGAUAAUAUACUCAAAUCACUCUCUAGGGUUGAUCAGCUUUGCUUGGUGGUAGAGCGUCAGCCAUGCAAUGGGAUAAAGGGGACUACUGAAAGCAAUUACGAAUGGCGUUUCAUGUCUAUCUAGGGAAAGGAAUGGAUGUCUCUUUAUAUCUGCAGGCAAGACACCGAUUGGCCUACUUUCGAUACAUCACCAGAAGAUACCCGAAUUACACAAUUCAAGCCGCCAUACUGGCGUCAUUAAACACCAGAAAAUAUAUAAGUUGGAUGAUAUGUCAAAAUGUAUUAUUUUUACAAUGUCAUGCAUCAUAACCUUAGGCCAC